UCGAGGUCGUCUUCUGCUAACACACUUGUGGAUGUUGAAUGGUGAAGUGGUUGCAAUGGUGCCUGGACAUCCAUCGCAAGGAAAUACUUAAAGCGUCAUGCAAAGAACUAGAGAGAUUUGCCCUUGCUAACUUUUCAAAACGUCAAGAAGCUGGAUUGGGACCAUCAGUGCGCAGGAUAGCCUCCCAGUGCCCCAGCCACACGCACAAAGUGUUCAGGAUCCCUUCAUUGAAAGCCGGCCGCAUGAUGAGUGUUUUCACACAGCAGCUCAACCCAAUCACUGGCAAGAUGGAGUGGGGCAUCCAGCCCGAGGAUUACGACUACAAGCAAGAAGUAGCCAGGUCGUCCUACGCAGACAUGUUACAUGACAAGGAAAGAAAUGACAAAUAUUAUGAAGGUCUGAAACGUUCAAUAGCAGACCUGCGGAGACGAGGGCAAGAAGUGCAUGUGCUGGACAUUGGUACGGGCACAGGCUUGCUGUCCAUGAUGGCAGUAGCUUGUGGAGCCGAUUCAGUCACUGCUUGUGAGGCAUUUUACCCAAUGGCUGAGUGUGCAAGGAAAGGGUUGAAGGCCAAUGGCUGUGCAGACAAGGUGCACCUGAUCCCAAAACGGUCGACAGAAAUUGAGGUUGGUCCAGGGAAGGACAUGGAGAGGAAAGCUAACCUCCUCGUGGCAGAGGUAUUUGACACGGAGCUCAUUGGGGAAGGUGCCAUCGACACCUACAGACACGCCCGGGAUUUCCUUUUGACGGAGGAUGCCCUUUUGGUGCCCUCGGAAGGCACAGUGUAUGCCCAGGUUGUAUCGUCAAAGAUGCUCCAGAGAUGGAAUCGAGUCCAACCCGUAACAAGAAACAUUCCUGGCAGCAGUCAGUCAGAGGUUUUGGUGUCGGUGCCAAGAGUGGUUCAAGAGUGCCCAGGUGCCGCAGCCGUUCAUGAUCUGCAACUGUCACAAGUUCCUAGAUCUUGGUUUACACCCAUUUCAGAACCUCUUCCAGUCUUCUGGUUUGACUGGAGUGGAAGACGGCAAGACAUUCCUUGUGAUGAGACCACUCGCAUCAAGUUCAAGACACUUGCGUCAGGGAACUGCGAUGCCAUUUUGAUGUGGUGGGACAUACGCAUGGACCAGGAUGGGGAGGUGAUGCUAAGCUGUGCUCCUUAUUGGGCUCAUCCUGACCUAGCAGACAAGUGUUGGAAGGGAAGCAGUGAAGACAUUCCCUGGCGAGACCAUUGGAUGCAGGCAGUGUAUUACCUUCCUCAGCCUCGGCAUGCACAGCCGGAUACCACACUUACGCUUGUUUCCUCACACGAUGAAUACAGUCUGUGGUUCAACAUACAGAAGGAUGAAGGGGAAGAUGUGUGUGAAGAGCGGCCUGUGUGUGAGUGUGGGAUCCACAUCAUCUCCUCGAGGACGCGCCUUGGCCAGAUCAAUGAUCCUCGCAGGUUGAAGGUCUAUGUGCGAGUGCUAGAACAGCUCAUCAGGCCCGAUAGUGUGUGUCUAGCCCUGGGCGACUGCUGCUUCAUGGCUGUGGCGGCUGCAAAGCUAGGAGCACGACAUGUUUACCUAAGCGAGGCGAGUGAGGCCUCGAGACGCGUUAUGCAAGAGUUUAUCAAAGCCAAUGACGUCCAGCACAAGGUCACCAUUUUGCCAGAUGACAUGAGUGAUAUGUCUGUUGAUCAGCUUGUAGGGCCUGCCACAGUGACCUUCAGCGAGCCCUUCUUUACAACCUCCUUGCUCCCAUGGCACUCACUCUACUGCUGGUACAUGGCCAACAGCUGCCUGCAUCUCAUGGCCCCAGGUGCCCAUAAAGUACCUGGUUCUGUUACGGUCUGGGGCCUGGCAGUGCAGUACCGUGAUUUGUGGAAGAUCCGGGCUCCUUUGCACCAGUGUAAUGGAUUCAAGAUGGAUAUAUUUGAUAAGCUCAUCGAGUCGGCAUGCGAUGAGGCAGACGAAAUCAUUGAACCUCAGCCCCUGUGGGAGUACCCCUCCAAGGCCCUGAGCCAGCCAUUCCCCCUUCUUCAGCUGGACCUCACUGCCCCCAUUCCAGACAACCCUGUCAGUAGUAAGAGCUCAAUCAGCCUCCCGGGCACUGGGCUCGUAAAUGGGGUUGCACUCUGGGCAGACUGGCACAUGACGGAUCAGCCGGAACAUGUUCUGACCACAGGACCUGUCGAGCCUGUGGUUCUUGAUCAAUAUGUCAGCUGGGAUGUCUAUAGUCGACAGGGGGUCUACCUUGUGAAGAAUCCAGUGGAAAUCAAUCCCUCGCAGCAGCACACUUUAGAGUACGCCGUGACGUUCAAACCCAAUGAUGGUGCAAUAGUGUUUGAUUUCCAGGUUAAGCAGCAGUUGUGAAACCAGACAAGAUGUCGAUAAAAAAAAACACCAGUGAUAAUCAUGUGGAGGGUAUAGUUUGAAUACUUAAUGCAUUGUGCUUUUUGUAACCAAAGUAGGAGAAGGGCAUCCAAGAUAGUUCAUUAAUUUAUACAGCUUUGGGAAUAAACUUCGGGCCAUUUUCUUCAUGAAUUAUCCAUCUGCUCUACCUUCACAUGGGUUUAUCCUUCAUCCUCAGACUAGUUCUCAUCGUUUAUCUUCUCCUUUAUCGACUCCUAUUAUCUCCCCUGUCUGUCCUCCCAGUUCCUCUCUUCUCAAAUUCUGCCGUCAUCCAGAUUGGUUAUUUUCUUCACCAUAGUCAUUUUAUCAAUGCCAUGUCAUACGCUCCAGCAUCACAUAUAACACGUUCACGUCAUUUCCACUCGACACACCAUGCGGUGCUAUAACACAGUAGGUCAUUUGACUGAAGAAUGUAUCCAUUUCUUAGUGCAAAUGUAUUUCUCUUCCCAUGAUGAAACACCACUGUUGUCUCAUUUUUGGGGGGGUGAGAAAUAGUAACAAGUUUGUUCCUCGGACAUUAAUUUACAAGAAAGUGUAGUUCCUGUUUUUGGUUACUGCAUCUUGAUUCUAAAAGCUUACAGUAAGGCAUUAUUAUAGGACUGUUGGUACAAACAGUAGUUGAACUCAAAGUAUACGAUGUACACUAAUUGUUGAAUCUCUUUGAUAUAAGCAGUUAGAUGUAGGCUGUAUCUGUACUUCUCUCCUGUGAUGUGAAAAGUGACGUCAAAUCUACUGCUGUGUUGUGCCUACUCUCAAUAGGGAAGCUUCCAGAGCCUUGUGGUCGUGCUGCAAAUAAUGUGUGUUUCUGUGUAUGUAUGUUUCUGUGAUGGAUUUUUUUUUUUCCGUCUUUUUGAGUUGUUCAUGUUAUUUCAUUGAUGUUGUUAUUAUUAUUAUUAUUAUUAUUUUAUUAUUAUUAUUAUUAUUAUUUUAUUAUUAUUAUUAUUAUUAUUGUUAUUAUUAUUGUUAUGGCAUUUCAGAAAUGAG